CAUUCAGUUCCAACCACCGCGAGCCUCGGCAAAAGCAGAGAAAACCGGCAGAAACGGCGGACUAACGUGAAACCUUGAGUUAAAUCCCCCAACGCAAUGGCGUUUUCCAGGAGACUGCUUCAUCUUCAUCUGUCGCUCCUGUGUCUCUCCGCAUGGACACAUAUUUCAGCUUUUAACCUUGAUACUGAAAACGUCCUCAGGAAAAACGGAGACCCGCAAAGCCUGUUCGGAUUUUCCCUCGCGAUGCACAGACAACUUAACCCUACUGAUAAGAGAAUACUGCUGGUUGGAGCGCCCCGCGCCAGAGCUUUGCCCCGUCAGCGUUCCAACAUCACAGGGGGCCUGUACAGCUGUGAAAUCACCACCCAGCCCAACGACUGCAGCCGCGUGAACUUCGACGACGAGCUGGAUGCCAAUUCGGAGAGCAAGGAGAACCAGUGGAUGGGGGUGACGGUGCAGAGCCAGGGUCCCGGCGGCAAGAUUGUGACCUGUGCCCACCGCUACCAGAGGCGGCUGUACCCUGGCUCGUUAGGGGAGUCCCGCGACAUCACAGGCCGCUGCUACGUCCUGAGCGAGGACCUUCACAUCGACGCCAACUCCGACGAGGACGGCGGGAACUGGAAGUUCUGCGACGGCCGUGCCCGAGGCCACGAGAUGUUCGGGUCCUGCCAGCAGGGUCUCUCCGCCACCUUCACCAAGGACUACCGUUACGUUGUGUUCGGGGCGCCCGGCGCCUACAACUGGAAGGGCGUUGUGCGAGCUGAGCAUAAGAACAGCACUCUGUACGAAAUGGGUCUGUACGAUGACGGGCCCUAUGAAGUUGGGGAUGAGAACCGUCUGGACCAGGAUCUAGUGCCGGUACCCGCUAACAGUUACUUAGGUUUCUCCCUGGACACUGGAAAGAGCAUCACCAAGCAGGGCGAGCUGACUAUUGUGUCAGGGGCUCCCAGAGCCAAUCACAGCGGGGCGGUGGUGCUCCUCAGGAAGGAGACAAAGUCCGCAGUCAUGCUCUCUCCAGAGUACAUUCUGGAAGGCGAGGGUCUGGCGUCCUCCUUCGGCUAUGAUGUAGCUGUCGUUGACCUCAACGGAGAUGGAUGGCAGGAUAUCGUAGUGGGGGCCCCUCAGUAUUUUAUGAAAGACGGGGAGAUUGGGGGCGCCGUGUACGUCUACAUCAACCAAGCCGGGAAGUGGGACAAGGUCCGACCCAUCCGUCUCAACGGGACCAAGGACUCCAUGUUCGGGCUGGCGGUGGAAAACAUCGGCGACGUUAACCAGGACUCGUUCGAAGACAUUGCAGUCGGAGCUCCCUACGACAACGGCGGCGCAGGGAAAGUGUACAUUUACCACGGCUCUGCUGAUGGGAUCAACACCAAGCCGGCGCAGAUCCUUGAAGCAAAUGAUCCCAAAGUAAAACUGUUUGGCUACUCUUUGGCUGGAAACAUGGAUUUGGACAGGAAUUCCUACCCAGAUGUUGCCGUUGGGUCUCUCUCUGAUGCAGUUUUUGUUUACAGGUCUAAGACAGUUAUAAGCAUUCAGAAAGAUGUCAAAAUAACACCAAAGGAGAUUGACCUGACAAAGAAAACCUGUGGGAACACUGUAUGCAUGACAGUGGAUGCCUGCUUCAGCUACACGGCAAACCCCAAGUCCUACAACCCUCGGCUGCUGAUAUCUUAUUCGCUUGAGGCGGAGUCUGAGAGGAGGAAGCUGGGCCUGCCGUCCAGAGUCACGUUCCUGACGAAGUCCAGCACCGACCAGGACUACCAGUCCACCGGGACCCUGGAGCUUCGUGGCCAGAACAAGCAGACCUGCAUGAAGGCAGAACUCAGGCUGCAGGAAACCAUCAAGGACAAGCUGCGGGGCAUUCCCAUCGAGGUGUCAGUGGCCAUCCAGAACGCCAGGCGCAGGAAGAGGCAGAGCUCUCUCCCCCUACUGGUUCCCAUCCUCAACUCCAACCAGCCGAGCAAGACCGUCACUGAGGUCAACUUUCUGAAGGAGGGGUGUGGGACGGACAACAUUUGCGAGAGCAACCUGCAGCUGACUUACAAGUUUUGCUACAGAGAACCCAACCAAGAUUUGUUUCCUCCUCUACAAACAGAGAAUGGUCUCGCUGUGGUGUCUCUCAGUGACCAGAAGGAUAUUGCGCUGGCGGUCACAGUGACUAACAAGGAUGGGGACAGUGCUUACGAAGCCAAACUGGUGGCCACAUUCCCCAACUCCCUGUCCUACUCCGCCUUCCGUUCUUCUAAGACCGCGGAUAAACAGGUGGUCUGUGUAGCCAAUCAGAAUGGUUCACAGGCAGAAUGUGAACUUGGGAAUCCCUUCAAAAGAGGUUCAGAGGUUACUUUCUACAUCAUCCUGAGUACUGCUGGCAUUUCUCUGGACACCAAAGACAUUGAAAUUGACCUUCAGCUCGAAACGACCAGUGAACAGAAGAAUUUAGGCCUAGUGAAAGCCAAGGCAAAGGUGGUCAUUGAGCUGCUGCUGUCGGUCUCUGGCGUGGCGAAGCCUUCCCAGGUCUACUUUGGAGGAAAAACGGUGGGAGAGAGUGCCAUCAAGUCAGAAGAUGAAAUCGGCAGUUUGAUUGAAUAUGAAUUCAGGAUCAACAAUUUGGGAAAACCGCUGAAAUCUUUCGGAACAGCUUCCCUGAACAUCCUAUGGCCCAAAGAGAAUAAAGACGGGAAGUGGCUCCUCUACUUGGUUAAGGUUAAAACUGACGGCUUGGAUAAAAUUCCCUGCACCCCUGCAGAUGCGAUCAACCCAGUCAAGCACAUUAAGGAAUCUUCCAGCUCUAGGCAAAAACGUGAGAUUGAAGAGAGAAAAUCUUCAGAAUCAGGAAAGAUCUCCUUCUUCACGGACAAAAGAAAAUACAAAACUCUGACGUGCGACAACGAGGCAAAAUGUGUGGAGCUCCGGUGUCCCCUCCAGGGCUUGGACAGCAACGCAGUCAUCAUUCUGAGGUCGCGCCUGUGGAACGGCACCUUCAUUGAAGACUAUGCAAAGCUGAAUUAUCUUGACAUCAUUGUGAAGGCCUCACUCAGCCUUGAUGCCUCUGCAAAGAACAUGGUUCUGAAAGAUGCUGAAACGCAGGUGAGGGUGACGGUGUUCCCGGAGAAGUCUGUGGCACAGUACAGCGGAGUCCCCUGGUGGGUUAUACUGGUGGCCAUCCUGGCCGGAAUCCUCAUGCUGGCCCUGCUGGUGUUCCUGCUCUGGAAGUGCGGCUUCUUCAAGAGAGCCAAAAAAGACCAGUACGAUGCAGCAUAUCACAAAGCUGAGAUCCAUGUUCAGCCAUCUGAGAAAGAGGCACUCGCGACCGAUGCGUAGUUCUUGCCUCCAGCCCUCGGUCCCUGGUGUGGAUUCUUCAAGCGCUCCAAGUACAACGACAGUGUCCCGAGGUACCAUGCUGUGCGCAUAAGGAAGGAGGAGAGACAGUUUAAGGACGGGAAAGCCAAAAUGGACUCCCUGGAGAAAAAGCAAUGGAUGACAACGUGGAGCGAGAACGAGAGCUACUCUUAAGACUUUCCCGAUGUUGUGAUGUCAUCGGAGGCAUCGCAGCCCCCCCCCCCCACUGCCCCCCCCCCCCCCCUCAGCCUCUUUGCUUCAAAUAAUGGAUCUAAAGACUGCAAGUCACGCUUCUUAGAACCUGGGGUCUUCAUUUUGCACAAUCGGAACAUUUGAUUGUAUAUAUUGCAAAAACUAAGAGAAAAGAAAGUGACUUUUUUAUAUAUAUCUUCCCUUACAGACAUUCAAAAUGGUAAUGUCCUAAAAUCUAAAAAUGUUUAAAAUCACUCUGCCAUCAUGUUUUUCUUUAUGGAUAGCAAGAAAAAAACCUAAGCUUUACACAUUUCUGUUUUUAUUUGAGAGUCUGCAGCUCUCGAGCCAUUUUACUGAUGUUUCUGGGGUUUUCAUUUGCAAUUGCACUCUCGGCUUAACUUUCUCUUCUCUUCCUUAUCUGUUUCGACAAACUCUUUACAACUCACUUUGGACUUUUUAAAUGUAUAGGCGUGAACAUUUUGUACGUUUUGUAUAUAUUUAAAUAUUUGUAGUGGAAUGUAUAUUUAUUUUUUAUCAUAGACUGUUGAUGUUGCAGAUCUUCAUAGGCCAAAGAUUCAUGUUUUCUCUCUCUAAAGAAGUGUUUAUGAGGAGGUGAAAGAGAGGACUUUGCAGUGUCGAUGCAGAACAGGUUGGCUGGUGCUACACAGAGAAUGUGGCUUGAGGCUUUGCCUUCCACCUAGAAGUAUUCUGAAUGAACGCGAAUACUUUCUAUAUCUCAAUCUUCCACAUUUGAUGGGAUCAGUAAGGUAAUGUUAUUUUGUUUCCGUAUAGUGUGCUUCUGUUUCUCAAACUUAGCUGUGAUGUUUAAUUAGACGCAUUAGCACACAUAGAGUGCUAAAUUGGCUAACAGCGGCUGGCCCUGGUGGUGAUUGUUUGACUGUACAUAAAUGCUUGCCUGUUUGGAAUCCCCCGACUGACCACAAUCAUGUUUGUAAAGAGGUGCCACUUGAGGUUUAUCUCAAUGCAAGAUGUUUACAAUAUGAAUUUAAUUUGCAUAAUGAAGUCCUUCAUCUACUUUUUUUAUCGUGGAGGAACUUCAGUGUGUUACAUACUGUGGUGCAAACUUAGUAUAAUAUACUAUACCAUAAAGCCAAUGUUGUUUUAAAGGAUUAGAAAUUCCUACCCUUAUAUCUAGUCUUAUUGAAGCUCUGUAAUGAGCAAAAAUGGAUGGCAAAGAUGGCAAGUCAUCUUCUGUGAGAAACAUGGGGUAAUGGAUUGCCCUUUUAAAAGAUGAGGGGAAAAACAGCACACUGCACUAGCUCCCAAAUGGCUACUAUCUUUUAUGAGAAACACCAUAGCCAUUCCUGCAUGUUUUUUCUUAAUGCAAUAAGUAGUUAUUUUCAAUUCACAAAGUGUGCAGGCACUAGGGUUUUUUUUCCCCAUUUCGGCCAUAUGUCUUGCCGAGCCCAUGAAAAGGAAUGGAUGUGUGCGUAUAUACUGUUGAACUUUGAGUGCUUUAAAGAGGAUGUCUGUGACACCAAGUGUAUCUAUGCCAGGUACACUGCAAGUGUGCGUACAGGUGUAAUAAAGUCUGAAUGUGGUAUUUUCUCAAGGAUGAUGCAUCAAAAGGGAAAACAGCGUGGAGAUUCUCCAUGGCAACCCCUUAGUGAUUAUUGCUGCCGCAAUGGAUAACACUUGGCACAGCAGAGCUGCUUUUUUCAGACUUUCUCUGUAUAGGCAAUGCAUUUUCUAAAUGUAUUAAGUCUCAUCACUGGCUCUUUUUUUGUUCAAUAUAUCCCCCUUCCCCCAACUUCAUAAGACGACC